CUUUGAGAUUGUUGGAUUGAUUCUCGCAUUCUCUACUCUCUCUGAUCAUUAGAAUAAUUGAUAAUUUUUGAAUAAUUAUCUGUGAGUUGUCAGGACCUCAGGUAUCUAAUCUGUGACCCUCUAACAGACAUGCAAGAAAGAAAUGCAUGCUUUUGAUGCCAUAUUCUAAGGAAUUUAAAUUGCUGGAUGAAUAGUUGAAGUAUCAACAAUUCAAAGUAAAAAAAUAUGAUACCCAGUUUGUAGCAGUUUGGUCCAAAGCAACCAGACCUGCUCUGGCCUGCUUUGCCGAAAUGGUGAACCAGCCGCCUCUGUUCCCUGGGGAUUCUGAAAUUGAUGAAUUGUUCAAGAUCUUCAGGGUUAUGGGUACACCCAAUGAUGAAACGUGGCCCCGGGUGACAUCCUUGCCUGAUUUUAAGUCUUCCUUUCCCAAGUCGCCUCCCAAGGAUUUGGCAACUGUGGUUCCAGAUCUUGAACCAGAAGGAAUUGAUCAUCUUUCUGUAAGUUUUGGUUUUCAGUUAUUUUGUUUUCAUAUGCUUACAAGUAAUCUUACAUAGACAUACACAACUGAUUGUUUGUCAAAAAAACUCGAAGUAGACUCCAGGUUUGUAUGUGGUCUCUUACGUUUAUAGUUUGCUUUUUUUUUUUUUUUGGUCACCCAACAACUUCUAGAUAAGAUAUGAUUAACUUAAAAUUUCCAUGGCUGUUAUGCGAUGAAUGAUCCUAGUUUCGCUAUUGAACACUCAUCACUAACCAAAAGUAAAUAGGAAAAAAAGAAAAGAAAAAGGGCACGAAUCAAACAGGAAGACUACUAAACUACUGCAAAACUAAGUCACAUGCGAAAAAAUGACAAGCACACAGCAGCAGAAUAGUGAGGAAAAAUGAAGGCUUACUAGCAAAUGUAUCAGUUCUAGAUCUUGUUGAACACAACAAUGUCUAUAAAACUACU